ACGAAAGCGGAGAUGUAAGCUUCCUAAAAAUCUACGCUUUCGUGCCUCUUCUCUGCGGACUCAGAUCUCUGUGUGUCUUGCGCGUCUGUGUGGGCACGCUAAGCAUACAGUCUACCAUGGCUCUAGAGUCUAGCGCCAGCGGACUUUUACGGACCGGAAGAGUCCUUUCUUUAAGACGGCUCGGUCGGCACUUCCGGAAGUGCUGCGCAGGGUUCCGGGAGAGGGCUGGCGGGAGAGGGAAAGGCGGCUAUUGACGCGGCAGCUGGAGAAUGAAGAAGGAGCAUGUUAGUCACUGUCAGUUCUCCGCGUGGUACCCACUUUUCCGAAGCCUUACCAUCAAGAGUGUCAUCCUCCCGCUUCCUCAGAAUGUGAAAGACUAUCUACUUGAUGAUGGGACUCUGGUGGUCUCAGGAAGGGAAGAUCCGCCAACAUGCUCCCAGUCAGACAGUGGUAACGAAGCAGAGGAAACACAGUGGUCCGAUGAUGAGAGCACAGCCACACUUACGGCACCAGAGUUUCCUGAGUUCAACACUCAAGUCCAAGAAGCUAUCAAUUCGCUGGGGGGUAGUGUCUUCCCUAAGCUUAACUGGAGUGCCCCAAGGGAUGCGUACUGGAUAGCGAUGAACAGUUCCCUGAAGUGUAAAACUCUCAGUGAUAUCUUCCUGCUUUUCAAGAGUUCUGAUUUCAUCACCCAUGACUUCACACAGCCGUUUAUUCAUUGCACUGAUGACUCUCCAGACCCUUGUAUAGAGUACGAGCUUGUUCUCCGAAAAUGGUGUGAAUUAAUUCCUGGGGCUGAAUUCCGAUGUUUUGUCAAAGAAAAUAAGCUUAUUGGUAUUUCUCAGAGGGAUUACACACAAUACUAUGAUCAUAUUUCUAAGCAAAAAGAAGAAAUUUGCAGAUGCAUUCAAGACUUUUUCAAGGAACACCUACAGUAUAAAUUCUUAGAUGAAGACUUUGUGUUCGAUAUAUACAGGGACAGUAGGGGGAAGGUGUGGCUCAUUGACUUUAAUCCAUUUGGGGAGGUCACAGACUCACUGUUGUUUACUUGGGAAGAGCUAACAUCUGAGAACAACCUACGUGGUGAGGUCACUGAAGGAGAUGCUCAGGAGCAGGAUUCUCCAGCCUUCCGUUGCACAAACAGUGAAGUCACAGUGCAGCCCAGCCCCUAUCUGAGCUUCGGGCUGCCCAAGGACUUUGUAGACCUUUCCACCGGGGAGGAUGCUCACAAGCUCAUCGAUUUCCUUAAGCUGAAAAGAAAUGAGCAAGAGGACGACUGAGUGCUGCUUGGAGAACAGGCCAAGAGGGAAGCAGCUCUGGCAGAGGCCUCGCCUAGAACACAGCGAGGGGCAGGUGGUGGGCAGGGUGCAAAAUCAUUGGCUUUUAUAUUCAUGUGUAUUUACCUGGAAAAAGAGGGAGGGCCUUUGGUACUUGUAAAAAAAAUAACAUAAUAAAUAGAUCUUAAACAUAAGGAAGCCUACUGUGAUGGUUUGUAUAUGCUUGGGCCGGGGAGUGGCGCUAUUAGGAAGCGUGGCCUUUUUGGACUAGGUGUGUCACUGUGGCUGUGGGGUAUAGCACCCUCACCCUAGCUGCCUGGAAGCCAGUAUCCUGCGAGCAGCCUUCAGAUGAAGAUGCAGAACUCUCACCUUCUCCUGCACCAUGCCUGCCUGGAUGCUGCCAUGCUCCCACCUUGAUGAUAAUGGACUGAACCUCUGAACCUGCAAGCCAGCCCCAAUUAAAUGUUGUCCUUAUAAGAGUUGCCUUGGUCACGGUGUCUGUUCACAGCAGUAAAAACUUAACUAAGACACAUACUGCUCUGAAAAUAAAAUAACUUUCUAUG